GAAUAAAUGACGUCACCACAACGCGGAACUUGGGAGGCGGAGUUACGAGGCUGUUGUGGAAACAUGUUACCGCGGUUGAAAUAACGCCAAAUCAGUGGAUAACCGAUGGCGGCUCAGUCCAUCGCCGAGCGCACCAUCUCUGAGAACAGCCUGGUGGUGCUGCUGCAGGGUCUGCAGGGUCAGGUGACCACGGUGGAGCUGAGAGACGAGAGCACGGCCCGGGGACGCGUCCUCAACGUGGACGCCUUCAUGAACGUGCGCCUGGAGGACGUCCUGUACCGGGACAGAAGGGGGAACAUCUCGCAGAUGGCCGACCUGUUUGUGACCGGCCGUAACGUGCGCUACGUCCACAUUCCUGACCACGUAGACAUCGCAGAGACCAUCCAGAGCCAGCUGGAGAAGAUCCACAGGGUGCGCUGCUUCAGCGAGAAAGGGAGGAAGGAGUACAGCAAGAAGAAAAAGUAAACCAGGAAGAACUUUUUUUUUUUUUUCAGGCUGCUGAUGUUAGUUGAAUGUUUGAUGAAGUUAAAUGCUGACAUUUUCUGCUGUUCUUGAGUCAGAUCUGACUGAAAAACUCAAACCAGUGAGAUUUUCUUUUUUUAUAUUAUUAUUAAAUACCUCAUGAUGAUGUCGUGAUGGUUGUGUAUCAGCACACGAUUCACCUUGAAUCUGAAAUGUGUGUCUCCUGUGAAGUUUUUUCUUUUUAUUAAAUAUGCGAAUACA